AGAUGACUCCAGACAUGAACCAGGACGUUGAGUACGCCGUGUUCGGCGUGUUCGUGGCGGCCAGCCUCUUCACGGGCCUGUACUUUGCGUUGGGCAAGUGUCGCCGCAAACCGUCCGAUCGAACUGUCCUCCGCGGGAGCAUGGCGGACGAAGAGUUCCUCGGAGGCCGAAGCAUGGGGAUGCUGCCCCUGGCACUGUCCGUACUCGCUUCCAUGGUGACCGCCACGGGACUGCUGGGCUUCACGUCCCACUUCUACGCGUACGGAAUGCACCUGCUGUGGGGCUCCAUUCCCGUGCUCGUUCUCUUGCCCUUCAUCGCGUACGUGGUCAUCCCUCUGGUGCGGCGGCUCGGAGUCACCUCCGUCUACCAGUACAUCCGGAUGCGCUUCGGCAACCAUGUGGGAAUCGCUGCCUGCGUAGUCUACUUCUUCCUCACUGAAAUCCAGGGCGCCGUCAGCAUAUUUGCGGCCGCCGUGGCAAUAUCCACAUUUUUUCACAUGCCGCUGCUGUACUGUUCCCUGGCUAUCGGAGUUGCGGGAACACUGUACACCGCUCUGGGCGGCAUGCGGGGAGUUGUGUGGACGGACAGCGUGCAGGGAAUCCUCAUCCUCGUCUGCCCACUGACCAUCCUUGGCACUAUCGUCUACGACUCGUGGCACAACGCGACUUCCAGUCAUCUGCGCCCUUUCAGCGACAUCGACAUGAAGCCCUACUUGUUACGGUUUGACUUGGACUUCACGAAGGACGAGAACGUGUGGUCAUGCGCUCUGGGCUUGCUUGCGGGGCACGCCUAUCGGAUGGGCAUGGACCAGAUGGUUGUGCAGCGAUAUGCAUCGGCAAAGUCACUCAGAGCAGCCCAGAGGACUGCGUUCCUAGGGAGCGCUCUCCUCGUCAUCUCCACGGCUCUGUUGUCCGCGGUCGCCAUGGCACUUGUGUACUGGUACCGCGAUUGCGACCCACUUUUGUCUGGAGCUAUCAAGAACAUCGAACAGAUCAUCCCUUACUACAUUAACCAGAGGCUUUCAGCAUUUCCGGGCAUGACAGGCAUUUUCCUUGCCGGAGUCGUUAGUGCCACGCUCAGCACGGUCUCCUCGGCCAUCAAUUCCCUGGCGGCGUCUGCAUUCCUGGACAUCCUCUCUCCGUUCAUAGACAUGAACGACCGGUGCUCGAGCAUAACCAUCAAGUCAAUUGCGUUUGUCUUCGGUGCCCUGAUGACUGGACUGGCUGUAGCUGUGCCCUACAUCAGCUCUGCCGUGCGGCUCAUCAUGGUGGUUCACAGCAGUACAUCCGGACCCUUCAUCGGCCUCUUCGUUUUGGCCUUGGCGUUCCCGUGGGCCAACGGCAAGGGUGUCAAACCCGCGACCAUCGCCGAGUUUCAUAUCAUCCUAGCUCCCGCGAACGGUACAUCUAAGGAUACCUGA